AUAAUAUUGCUAUUUUGAUGAGUGAGUGAGUCGCAGCAAAUCCCGAAGCAAUGGCACUUUUACUCAAAACCGUUUCCUACCACUGCAGCCAGACAACAACUCAUGCUCGACAUAGAUACUAGCUAGAUAGAUGGACGCUAUCGAUAGACAACUCAGCAGGUAGUCUACUAGCUAGCUCCCAGUUGAUCGAUUGGCUUGGUAGAGUUCGUUGUACCAUGGAGGAGCAUCGAAAUGCGGAGAAGGUCGAUAAGAGCCUUUUGGCGACCCACUUGGAAAGUCCUUCCAGGUUGAGCCGAGAGUUGCCUUCAGCUGAUGAACCCCUUGCCAAAGGCCGAGAGACUGAAAAGGAGACGUCAAGAAAAUCUCCGGCGUUGGAAGGAACGUACUCUACGGACGACACGGCGGCCAGUUUGAGUUUGUCGUCCCACGGUUCUUCUUUGCCUAUGGAUGUCGUGGAAGUUGACGUGGAUGAAGAAAUCGCGAGACAACAAGAACAACAGUCUAUGGAAAAGGAAGAGCAAGACAUCACCCAAUCUGCUACCGCUCGUAGUAGUAGACAAAGAGAAAGCCUUGUCAUUGAUGUGGAUAGCCUGGCACUUUCACGGAAUACUGACGACGAGAAGAAGUCAAGCACGGCAAUGAGCGAAAAAGAGCGUCUCUUGCACCAACAGAUGCUUCCCGAGUCUUCCGUGGAAAUCGAUAAACUCGCCGAAGCCAUGCGGCUGCUAGAUUCCUUUGGUGCCAAUCGACUGCCAGUCAGACGGGUGGCAAGUCAAGAAGAAGGGGCAAGGCGCAGACCAAAAGGCCAGAGACGCUGGCAGAGCUGUACCGAAGAAAUGAUUCUUGGGAAUCCUCUUCAAUCACACAGACUCGAAGAAGACUCUACAAAGAGAAUAGAUGAUGCAAACGAAGAAACCAAAAUGGAGGAAACCGAACCGAGACCUCCGGAACAAGCCCCGGAUUCCAACUCGUUUGCCAGUGGUGAACAGAAUUCCUACGCGGCUCGGGUGGCACGAAAGCAGCAGCGUCUCGAAGCAUCCUCCUCGGCCACAACUCUGGAAAACAGUCCCCGCGCAUCGUCACCAGGGACGCGAAGAACCACAGAGAACACGGGCAAACGGGCCUUUUUUGGAGACAUUCACGGCGAAAUUGCAGAGGCACAAGCAAGGGCGCAAGAGUCCAGGCGAAACCUCAAAUCCAGUCAAAUGGCGCAGCAGCCAACAAUGGCACAACAACAGCCAAGGCCACCGUUAGCACGCAAUGCUUGGAACUCCAAGCAUAGCGUUGCUACUGAAGGAAGUGCCGUGUCCAGCAUGGAUGAUACAUCCGUCUACUCCGUGACCACCGAAAGUGGAUCCAACACUCAUCAUCAGAGUGCUACUACUGCGACGACGACAACGCCCAAUCAACAAGAAGCAAACGCACAGCUAUCAUUGUCUCAGCAUGCCAGUCGUCGCCGAAUGACUAGGGGGGGUUCUCAAGCAUCCCUACCUGGAGCUUACCCAGCGACAGGACGAGCUCCCUUUGCCAAUCCGAGAUUUCGCGGGGGAGCGGUCACGCUGUUUGGAGAAAACAUCACUGCGAGUAGUAAUCACGAGUCUUCCACGGGUAUGGGUGAUAUGAGCCAAAGCUAUUAUGGCUUGGGCUUGAGCAACUCUUGUGGUCGUCAACAGCAGAGACGCCGAUGGGAUGAAUCUACGGGGGAAAGUAGUGAAGCCCAUAACAACAGUCGAUCUUUGAUGAUGAGUGAAGCUCAUUACAGUCGAAGUUUGCAUACGGAUGCCAGUUUUCGAACCAACGAGAGCAGUGAAAUUAACCCUGAACGGAACUUGGAAGCUUCUGCAAACGACGACGGCGACAAUCCUGGAGAAAUUGUAGCCGUCUGUGUUGAGGAAGAUGAUCUCGAACAGAAUAUUCGAGAAGAAAUUAUACAGUCAGCAGCUCAGGCAGAGGUGGUGGAGCAGACAGAAAUGGCAGAACUGACAAGCAAGAAGAAAGAAUUGCAGCAACUCAAGUAUGUCACCUGUUUUUUGCUAUUCUUUGUGGUUAUUUCUGUUGCAGUGGGAUUGGGGGUAGGGUAUAUGGCGAAAGCGAGUGAGGCGGAGAGAAAGGAAUCGUCUGUGGCCAGCGACGAUGUUGUGUUUAUGGAACCUUCGGCAAGUCCGACAAUGACACCCAUCCCAACGUUGGAAAAAGUGUACGCAUCUGGCGUGUUGCGGUGUGGCAUCUACGAGACAACCGGAUUUGACGAGGAGUCGGGGGAACGAUUUGGAGUAGAUGUCGAUUGGUGCCGAGCGAUAGCCGCUGCGAUCAUGGGGCGAGAUUCUUAUGAAAUCGUCCUGAUUGAUGCGACUUUUGCAGAUCGAUUUGAGCUCGUUGCGAAUCGCACUGUCGAUGUUCUAACUGCCAGCUCAACUUUCACCAUGGAUCGCAAUGUUUAUGAGGUUGGAGUUGAAACGGGCUUGACGUUUUCUCCACCUUUCAUGUACGAUGGCCUGCGUUUUGCAGGACCUGAAGGCCCGGUUGCGUGUAUGGACAAUGACAUGGAGAACUUUGGCCCAAACUGUCGGGAUAUCAAGGUGUGCGUUGUAGGGGGGUCAUCGUAUCACGCCAUACUUGCAUACCGAUUACCGAAGCGACAAAUCCAUGUUGUAGACGGUUGGCAGUCCAUGUACGGGGGUCUGAGGGAUGGCCUCUGUAAUGUAAUCGCUGCUGAAGGGGUAUCGCUGGGAGUGCAAAAUGUCAGAGCGUUUGGAUACAAUUAUAGCUAUGUCACAGGCCGCAGUCUCUUCUCCAAGAUACCGCUGUCAAUGGUCACUCGGGAUGACGACCCAACUUUCUCAAACUUUGUCCACAGUGUGCUACAUUCAGUGUUCGUGGCAGAGCAAGUUGGUAUCACGCAAGAGACAAGUCACUUAGUUCCGGAUACAUUCAUAUCGGGAUCAGAGUUAUUUGGAGAUCGAUUUGCGAACAUGUUUGAAGAUGCAAUCGCCAUAAUUGGAAACUACGGGGAACUCUACGACCGGCAUGCCGCUUCGGCUGUGGCUCGCGAAGGUUUGACGCUGUUGAACAACGGCAGCACAGGUCUUCUGUUUGCAUUUCCGUUUGGUUUGGUGGGCAACGAUGGCCCUGGACCUGUGAGUGGCGGGACGAUAGAGAGAAUACUGGAAAGCGGUGUUCUGAGAUGUGCGGUGGUGGGCGGACGUCCUGGUUUUGCAGAGAUGGCAGAAACGGUAUCCGAAACAGCGAAUACCAACCUCACCAUAACAGGUCUCGAUGUGGACUUUUGCCGCGCUUUGGCAACCAGCCUCUUCUCAGGUUCAGUGGAUCUCGUUGAACUGAUUGAAGUGCGCAGCGAGGCAGAAGGGUAUAAGGUGUUAUCAGAGGGCUACGCGGACGUGUUUGCGGGGGCACACUGGACCUUGCAAAAUGAUGUAAGAGAACCAUCCACUGGAGUAGGAUAUUCUUUUUCCCAGCCCUACUUCUAUGGCGAAGGAGAAGAAAACUUGAGUCUCGCGACAAGGGAAGAUGAUGGACAAUGGUCAAAAUUCUGUUUCUGGAUUGUAGCGUCAACUUUCUAUGCAGAGGAGAAUGGCAUUGACCAGAGGCUAUCAAACUCGAUGCCCUCCGUAUACCUAUUUGGCCCCCAGUUUCUGCGGAUGCUCCGUGACCCAAUCUUGGAGUUGGGCAACUAUGGCGAGCUUUAUGAAAGAAAUGUGGGCCCGCAUAUCCCAAGGGGGGGCAGAAACGUUAUCAAUAGCAUCCGCACACCAGGCCCUCAGUUCUAUCCAGUUCCUGGUUUGCUUCGCGAUCUUUCUCCAUGAAGUAAAGCAUACGGUAGACUAGAACGACCUUGCACUGCUACGCCCAAGAAUGUACUUUAUCUCGUUCGAUCCUUGUGCCACCGCUUCGCGUGGAAAGACAUCAUGAUAGCUUACCAUCCGUAACAUUGGGCACCAGAGGAAGACGUCGUUUUGUUCUACCGGUAUCGUCGAAGACCUCAGAACCUCGCACUUGUCUUUGGAGACCCGAUAAACAACUACAAAAGCGCACGAAAUGGUUUCUCUGCAGGAAGGUGCCAAGGACGAUGAAGCGCUCAAGGUUGGCUUUGGUACGAUAAAAGUCAUUCAUGUUUAGUGAUGCAAAAAUAUAUUCAGAGGGCGCAAACACGCAAUCCAGUAAGCCCGCAGCGGAGAUCGAGCCGGGGGCUAAUUGGUUCGGGAGUUGUCAAACAAGCCCCCAAACAGUUGACUGCGGCUUUCAAACAGGCCCCCUAACAGUCCACUGCGGAUUUUGGAGCUGGCGACUGGCGUGGAAGAUAAUGCAUAGGAGGCCCGUUGGCGGCGUGAAGCUCGUCGUUGUCGGCGUGACUGGACGACAUCUCUUCGGUGACAUCAGUCAGGACCGUCAUUGCUGAUUUCCGUGACUUGUUCACCCAGUAAGUCUCCAUCCUGCCUUUGCCCUUCACGUUAAUCUUGCCCCGAUAGGUAAGAGGAAUCUCACAUCCUUGUUUAGUGAGUAGUUCAGCUGCCUGGAAGGAGCAGUGAAUGCAGUUGGGUUGCGAGUUGCUCUCCAUCCUGCUGGCGGUAUUGACGGCAUCGCCAAAGAGGCAAUAACGUGGGUUGCGGUUGCCCACGACGUCGGAAACAACUACGGGUAUGGCAAAGUAAAGUGCAUCGGUGAGGAAGCACAUUUCUACAUGUCACCUCUGGGCUCAAUUGCGUCCUCUGCUUGUCUUACCAGGACCCGAGUGGAACCCAACACGAAUGUUGACAUAGCCUUUGCUGUGGUCAUCUACAUCGACAAGAGUUUCGUUGGCGGCCUUGAGAGCUUCCACUGAAAACUGUGCAAUGCGAGUGGCAUGGGUUGCAGACUGAUCUUUGACGAGAUUGGUCACUGCCAUGUAUGCUGUCAUUAUAAAAGGGAGCAUUCAUGUCGUGCUUGGUGGAUAAGUCAUCGAACUUGGAGUAAAGUCGGUCGAGCAUGUUCGCAACCUUUUGCGGCUCCAGGCUUUGCGAGAUCCUGUGGCCAGAGAAGAGAAUAAUGUAAGAUUAUUGACGAUAAUACAUUCGAUUAAUGGAACCCAUGCGUACCCUGUGAACCCAACAAUAUCGCAGAAGAAGAUUGUGACGACCUCGUGGUGUUCCGCCUCGACUUUCCUUCCAUCUCGAAGAGCCUCGGCGAUGUGUUUGGGGAAGAUGUCAAAGAGAGAGACAGAGGAGUUCUUCAUAAUGGGUUUAUCAGACAACAACAAAGUAUCAGCCUGCAAGCGGUUGAGACGGCUGUCAAUCUCGGCAAAGGAGGGUCGGUCAUCAGGAUUUGCAGCAACACAGUCCGCCAUGAGAGCUGCCAGCUGGUGAGGGCAGUCCUUGGGGACAGGAGGGCGCCUGUUGAUGCUGGGAUCAGCAACCUGGCGGAGAAUCUCAUUCAGAUCAUCACCUUCAUAAGGGUCCUUCCUGGAAAAACACUCAUAAAGAAUGAUUCCGAAGGCAUACACAUCGGAAGCUGUAGUGUUGGAGCUUUCCCUCCGAAGGAGCUCUGGCGCCAUCCAAAAAGGAGAACCAGCGGUUGACAUUGCCCCUCCAGCUUGCUGCUUCUGGCUCAAUCCGAAAUCUGCGACUUUGGCCCUUUAAUGAUCACAAAGUAGUAUGUGAGAAUGGAGGCCACGCCAUUGCCAAUACUCUUGGGACGUGUGGAGGCUCACCUGUACUUCGAAUCAACAAGGAUAUUGGCGCUUUUCAAGUCACUGCAAGCAACAGAAUGAGACCGGGUGAGGAAAUGAAUGCGGCAAAGGAAGAAGUAUGACAAGCACAACUCACCCAUGGACAACCGCAGGAUCAGCCGCAUGAAGGAACCUGCAGCCUUGGGAGAUGUCCUUCAGUAAGGGGAGCAGGAUUUCCCCGUCCAACCAGAAGGUCUCGUUGUGAAGAAUGUCAUAGAGAGAGCCGCUGGCAGUGCGGGGUUGUGGCGAAGGUUUGUGCGAGACUAUCGGCAUUGGGUCUUCUUUGGAUUCAAUAACCGCACCUGUUGUACACGAGCAGGCGAUUGGCAGGUGUGAGGCACAUUUCGAAAACUCUUGCCACGCAACAAGCUUGCCGGGGUUGACUCACCCAUGACCAUUGUGAUGCACUGGGGAAUGGAUAGUUAAGAAUCAAACUGUGAGUCUGGCGCUGGGAACGGAUCGACGAAGACACAAUAUGUAGUUGCCGUACCGGAUGUCGGAGCUUGGACAGGUAACGCAUCUCACGAAUGAAGUCGGCUUUCAUAGCUUUGAGGUCUAUAGAUCCAUUCGCGCUACUCCCAAACAUUGUCAUUCGGCCAAAGAACGAACUCCUGCCUGAAGCAGACCCCGAACGCCCUUGCAUCCCGGUCUUGGAAGUAGUGGAAGACAAUCCAAUGCUAGCCAUGCCCCAGGACGAGUGGCCGCGCUUCUUCUUUGGUUGUUCGAUAUCGUCACCAGAAUCAUCCAGGCUCAAGGUAUCUCGUGUGUCGUCCAUUCCUGAAAGUCGAAGGUUCUUUGAGGGGAGCACAUGCUUGACAGCAACCUUUGUUCCGCGGUAUUCCGCCAGCAGGACUGAGGAAGGAGGGAAAAAGAGAAACGUGUUAGGCUUGGCAACCAUUCUCGGACCACGCAGCCAUGCUACCGAGGCUCACCUUCCCCAAAACUCCCACUUCCAAUGACCUCGGCUGGGUCGGCAAAGAUGAGUUCUUCCUUGUUGAUCUUCCAGAUGGCAUCGGCACGCGUCUUGAUUGUUUUCAUGUACCAGAAGAGCCCUAAUCCAAUGAGACAGAUGGCCAAGAGAGGCACUCCAAUAAUGGCAGCAUAGUUGGGUUCCUGGGGAGCCAGUUCCGGAGGGACGCACUCGGCUUCUUCGCGAAGCCCGACAGAUACCAUUUCGUCGGGACAUUGACAAGACCCUUCCAUGGUGCAGCUUCCGCCAAGCACGGUACAAGGGGACAAGUUGAUGCAAUCCCUCAUGGCCCAGGUGGGCAUAGGGUAGAUCAUCUGAAAGUCGUUGGUCUUCAGCUCUUGAGGAGACAGGAGUUGGAGUUUGCUAUUGCCAUCGUAUUGCAACAACAGUGAUGGCUGUUUGUUCUGGCCGUUUUCGUCAAAGCUGACGUUGCCAAAUAUGGUAGGGAAGAAUCCACUGGCGAUGGUGUCACGAACUUUCUCGGUCUCCAUGGUUCCAGCGCGUUCAAUGGCCUGAACCAGAACACUGAUUGCGGAACUGUGAGAGACGGCUUGAUAAGGAGGUUGCUUGGAGGUCGCUUCUUCGAAAAGUUCGUAGAAUUCGAGUGGCGUGAGUCCUGUUGCGCCAUCCGUGAUGGGAGGAAGAGCCCGUUCCCAUGGGACUGUACCCAUGUUGUAGGCCAGAUCAGUGCCUAGCUCCUGCUCGAACUCGUAUCUACCGAAGAUGCUCGAGUAGACCUGCGCCUUGGGGGACCAGUCAAUGCUUCGCAUGGCCUUGUUCCAGAGAGAGUACGACGAGCGGAUACAGCACAUGACAACAUCUGGGUCGAGCUUGGAGAUGUUUCGAGCGGCUUCCUGAAAGUCUUCGAGAGGGGCACGGUCUACAACUUCAGCACUCCCGACGAAUUCGAAUCCAAACUGAAUUGCGAGUUCUUCUGUGCCGGAGCAUUGUGUGCUCUCUUCGCCGAUGGUAGCGAAAGUGCGGGCACCAGCUGCGACGAGCGCUGGGAAGGCAGGAAGGCGGAAAGAACCGGAAGGGGGAAUGAUGCCAAAGACAUGAUCACGGCCUUCGUAGACCGUCGAAGAAGCAGAGCCUCCGGUGACCAUGAGGCGUUUGUUCUCCUGCGCAACUUGGGCCAAGGGACGUACCAGGGUAGAGGAGUACCCAGAGAGCAAGAAGUCGGUGGUGUUGACGAUCUUGCUUCCGAUCUCGAGAGUCUUGUUGACACUGCCUUCAUCCCCAUAAGUCUGAAUGGCGAGAGAGAAGUUCUUGCCGUCGACGGACACACCGCAACGAGGCCAGCCAUUGACCCUGUCCAUGGUCAAGUGGAUCGAGCGAAGCAUGUGCAUGGCAAGGUCAUAGUGCUUGGUCUGGACGCCCAGCGAAAGAGGAUGACUCAACAGGAUCUCCCCAUUGUACAAACAGUCAUGCUCCGAUGACUCCAAGAAGUUAGAGUCGACAGCGCUCCUGCGGAUACUCACCGUUGCCGCCUCGCAGGUGUUGCUCAGGUUCAAUAGUAGAACCGAGGCGGAGAGCCAAAGAUAACCAGGGCAGAACUUCAUUGUAUCUCUUUUUUCUUUUACAGUUUCCUUUCUCCUUGUCUCACGGUUGUAGUUGUGCUGGGUUGGUCGUAUUGAAGGAUCACUUGACUUGGAAAUUGAUUUUGUGAGCUAGACUUUAGAAUGCGAAGUAAAAAGUUAGUUUUCUUCUAUUUUUAAAGGCCACCCAAGAAUAAUAAAGCCCGAAACUUCGCUGGCA